GAAAGCAAACAAUUAAGAAAGCUUUUCUGGAUGGUUUACCAAUAGGAGAACCACCUCAGUUAGUCACUUCAUCUGGUGCUAGCUGGGAUUUCCAAUUGAAUGAUGAUUUACAAACAAUUCUUGCAAGAGAAGUUCUUGACCAUUACAACAAACAUUACUGUGAAAAUCAAUGGGACAAAGUUCAUAUGCCAACCUAUUUAUUUCUAGCUGGAGCUGGUAGUGAACAUACAGAACUAAGAACAAAGAUAGCUGAUGCUUGGGUUUUUCAUGUCAGUUUUGAAAAUGGUUGGUCAUUGAGGACUGGUGAGGAAGGAUUUGGUACUAGGAUGCUUUGUCAAUGUCUUGCUCAAAGAUUGGAAGAUGUAAUUAUCAAUUAUGAGGUACCUGAUUUAUAUCAUAUUUUUGAAUUAGUUGUGAGGAUUGCACCAUUUUUAUGA